CGCGAACAGCCUGACGUAACCCGCAGCAACAGCACGUGUCUGAAUACGUCAGUGCGAACAGGAAAAGAACAAAAUGGAGGAGUACGCGAGGGAGCCAUGCCCCUGGAGGAUAGUGGACGACUGUGGGGGCGCCUUCACCAUGGGGGCCAUUGGUGGAGGGAUCUUUCAGGCCGUCAAAGGCUUUAGAAACUCUCCUUCUGGAAUGAAUCACAGAAUGAGGGGUAGCUUGACAGCCAUAAGGACCAGAGCUCCACAACUAGGAGGAAGCUUUGCUGUGUGGGGUGGCCUCUUCUCCAUGAUUGAUUGUGGACUGGUGAAGGUGAGGGGCAAAGAAGACCCCUGGAACUCAAUCACAAGUGGAGCCAUGACAGGAGCCAUUUUAGCAGCAAGAAAUGGACCAGUGGCCAUGGUUGGCUCUGCUGCAAUGGGAGGUAUACUGCUUGCAUUAAUAGAGGGUGCAGGAAUUCUGAUUACAAGGUUUGCCUCAGCACAAUUCCCAACUGGCCCACAGUUUGCAGAAGAACCUGCUCCCAUGCCUGCUUCAUCAUUUGGAGACUAUAGACAGUACCAAUGAGAAGCCUUUUAAAACUCAAGGCCUUUUCUUAUUCCAUGAACUCAUCUGAGACACUGAGGUUACAGUGUGGACCUCAUUCAUCAACGGAGCAUGCCACCAACCACGAAUGACUGUGACAAAGGGAAUAUGAAGGGCAAACACUAUUGUUCCUGUCAUUGCGUUUGUUUUCAGUAUGCCAUUUGCUAUUCUCAGCUUUAUCAUUGGCCUGUGGGUCGCCCUCUAUUUAAGUCAAAACUCAGUUCUGUGUUUUCAUCCACAUGUUCUGUGUUUUUGUUUUCUGUUUUCUCAUUUUGUCGCUAACACAGCUGGAAAAGUUUGCUGAAGCAAUAGGUAUACUGUUUACGUCAUGCUAGGUUGUUGAAGUUGAGCUCCAAUCAAUUGGCUGUAUAAAGUGUGUGUGUGUGUGAUUGUUAAUACUAGUGUGUGUGUGUGUGCAUAAGAGUUUAAUACAUGCCUGUGCACUGAUCGUUUGCCUUAAUGUAAACUUUCUCAUGGCCCUCAACAAGAUCGUAUAUACAUAUUGGAGAUUUUUAUUGGCUGUUCCAUGCCAAACCUUCUCUUGCAGAAUAUAUUCCUUCACGUUUUACUUUUUGAAGUAGCUAUUUAUUUUCUUGAAGUAAAACUUUGUCGUUUCAAGAUGUUAUGCUGUAUUGUGUAAUUAUAUAAUUUCUCUACAGUGAAUGUUUAGGAGUUUUGAUCACAAAGGAUGCAUCAGAAAAAAAAGGUUUAUGAAUGGAGAGGAUUAUUAGUCUCUUCUGGUGGAUAUAUGAGCCAAAUUAGGCUUAGAAACAAAGUAAAUAAACUAGUUACUACUGUG